CAGAUUACAAUGGCUCAAUUUGUGUUCUUUCUAUUUUGUGACAUAAAACUCUACCCCUAAAUGAAGGAUUUAUAUAUACUAACUCCCUAACUAAAUGAAGAGGCUUGGGCUCCGAAUAACAAAUAAAACCGUCAAAAGCAAUAAAACUGCCAAACCACAAAAUCAGCGAAGCAAGUUGCGGCUCGCGACUUAUUUGCUUUUCAAAACAAUAGCAUCUCUUUCAAAAACUCGUAACCCGCAAGCAAAUAUACAGCCCGCGACCUGAACGUCUUCCACUCCGGUAGCUUUUGCUCAACUUCUUGCGAGACAAUACCAAACCAAACUCUUGAUUUAUCAAUUUCCAUAACCUAAGACUCGAUUCGAGUCGCUAAUCAUCAACAUUGAUCAAUGCUCAAUUCUCCAAUCCCCCGUUUUCGUUUCACCACUUCUUCUCCAGCCUCCAGUCCCUCCAAGCUGAACCCAUGGGUUCUGAAGCAACUGAAUGAGUGAUCAAAAACCUCGAUUCUGUUGACCUCUGGAUUUCGCAUUUGUGCGUAUUCCGCCAUGAAAGCUGAAUACUGUUGGGUCAGAAAUCUUACUGUUAACUUCAGGGGGCAUGUUUACUCACAUUCAUUUACAACCGGUAAUUCUUUUGCUGCUUUCUUCUCCUCAUUCUCUAUUACUAGUUCCCAUUCCGAUUUUCUGCUCAACAAUUGUCACAAUCGUAGUUCUAACCUAGGAAAUCAACAGAAUGCGAGAAAUAAGCAACUGGGUUAUAACAAAAAUAAGAAUUUAAGGUCUAAUUUGCAAAUUCCGGUAUCUCAGUAUGAUAAUUUUGAUAAAAUUAAAUGUGGGUUUGAUGGGAUUCAACAUAUGGGUUCAUUUGGAAAUAGUUUAAAUGGAUCUUUAUACAUAAAAUCUUCUCAUAAAGAAGAAGUAGAUACUAAUGACACAAAGAACAAACAGAAUAGUCUUGUUUUGGAUGAAGAAUUUGAGGUUUUGGAUUCAUAUAAUAAGAAGUUACAGCAAAAUGGGGAGUGUAGUAAAACAUAUGAAUUGGAUGAGAGUGAUUUUAGGCAUCCAUUAGUGAGAGAAACUUGUAGGCUGAUUGCACUGAGGUUGAAUUGGAAUGCUGAACUUGAAGGGCAGUUGAGACAUGUAUUAAGAAGCCUCAAACCCCGUCAAGUUUGCGCGGUUCUUCACUCUCUAGAUGAUGAAAGGGUAGCUUUGGAGUUCUUCUAUUGGGCUCACAGGCAAUGGCGGUAUCGGCAUGACCCACUUGUUUACUAUGCCAUGCUCCAAAUUCUUAGUAAGACUAAAUUGUGUCUGGGUGCCAGGAGAAUCCUUCAGCUUAUGUAUAGACGGGGUAUCCAUCGCACUCCGGAGGUUUUUCGUUAUUUGAUGAUUUCUUAUAGCAGGGAUGGGAAAGUAAGGCAUGCUUUGGGGGUUCUUAGAAUAAUGCAGAAGGCUGGGGUUGAACCUAAUCUGUCUAUAUGUAACACAACGAUUCAUGUUUUGGUGAUGAGUGGGAGGAUGGACAAAGCACUACGAUUCUUGGAGAGAAUGCAGACUGUAGGAAUUGUCCCUGAUGUUGUUACAUAUAACUGCUUAAUUAAGGGUUAUUGUAAAGCUAAUCAGGUGAAAGAUGCCAUUAAGCUGAUUGAAGAUAUGCCUUUAAUGGGAUGUGCCCCAGAUAAAGUUAGCUUUUAUACUGUAAUAAAUUACUUCUGUAAGGAAAACAACAUGGCUGAGAUGAGGGUUUUACUUGAGAAAAUGAAGAGCUGCAAUUUGUUGUUCGAUAUGGUCACCUAUAAUAAUCUUAUUCAUAUGCUUUGUAAGUAUGGUCACAGUGACGAUGCCUACGAGUUCUUAAGAGAAGCGCAGGAGCGAGGAUUUCGGAUGGAUAAAGUUAGUUACACUGCAUUGGUUCAUUCUUUAAGUCGAGAAGGUAGGAUAGACAGGGCAAAAGAUAUUGUGAAUGAGAUGUUUGAGAAGGAGUGCCUUCCGGAUGUUGUGACUUACACUGCUAUUAUAGAUGGCUUUUGUCGAGUGGGGAGGGUAAAUGAAGCUAAGGAAAUGCUUCAACAAAUGUACAAGAAUGGAUGUAAACCGAACACUGUGUCAUAUACAGCUUUGUUAAAUGGGCUUUGUCGAAUUGGGUGCUCUUUUGAAGCUCGAGAAAUGGUGAUGAAGAGUGAGGAGGAAUGGUGGACCCCAAAUUCUAUCACUUAUAGUGUUCUGAUUCAUGGUUUCCAUAAAGAAGGAAAGUUGUCUGAGGCUUGUGAUGUUGUUGGGGAGAUGAUUAGGAAGGGUUUUUUUCCGUUACCUGCUGAAAUCAAUUCAUUACUGGUAUCUCUUUGUAUGGAAGGAAGAACGGAUGAGGCCAAAAGGUUCUUGCAUGAGUGUCUUAGCAAGAAAUGUGAUGUUAAUGUUGUAAACUUCACUACUGUUAUUCAUGGGUAUUUAAAGAAGGAUAAUCUGGAGGGUGCUCUAUCAUUACUUGAUGACAUGUAUCUGGUCAACAAGAGCCCUGACAUUGUGACAUAUACAACAAUUGUUGAUGCAUUAAGUAGAAUGGGAAAAACUGCAGAGGCAAUGGAUCUCAUAAAGAAAAUGUUGGGAAGGGGCAUACUACCAAACCCUAUUAUGUACCGAACUAUUAUUCAUCAAUUUUGUCAGAAUGGUAAGGUUGAAGAAUUAUUAAACCUAAUGGAGAAGUUGUUGCCAAAGCAGCCCUAUCAAACUGCAUAUAAUCGAGUCAUCGAAAAGCUUUGUAGCUUCGGAUAUGUAAACGAAGCUUACCAACUUUUGGGUAAAGUUUUGAGAAAAGCUUCACGAAUGGAUGCUCAUUCUUGCCAUGUACUAAUGCAAAGUUAUCUGAACAGAGGCUGUCCUCUUUUGGCACACAAAGUUGCCUGUAGAAUGUUUAGGCGAAACUUAACUCCUGACCUUAAGUUAUGUCAGAAGGUAAGCAAGAAAUUAAUGUCAGACGGUAAUAUCAAAGAGGCAAAUAGUCUUUUGAUCCAGUUUGUUGAGCGUGGCCUUGCAUCUCCUUGUUAAAUGCUUGCUGAAUGACCAAGAAUUUGUCUUCAUGUGAGUGGAGCUUGUGAGAUUUGGUUUCUGGGGACCCAUCGACUUCUGUGAAUCGAUUUGUCAAGGAGGUAGGCAGAGACAGAUGUGGGACACCGCUGCCAGUGGGCGGCCUAAAGGACUUCUUGAAGCACAUAUGACAGAAUGUGGAGCCCAUACAGCAGCCCUGUAGCCCCCGAACGACAGUUGAUGCUAAUUUGAGCCAAAGUGAGUUAGAAGGUACGGCGGGGGUACCCACGUUACUACUCCUUUUGCCCUAUGCAGCAUUGUACACAGUUUUAGAUGAUUGGAAGGCUGCACCAGCGAGAUUAUGCACGGAAAAUCCCAAAAAAACCCUCCCAUAUAAAUAGGUGUACUUUUGGUCGGUGUGCAUGAGGAGCAGGGAUUUGCUGAGUUCAUUUCUAAAUUCACUUUUGUGUACUAUUAGUCAUCUCUAUCCUCAUCAUGGCCACAAGUUGCUAUUCUAGGUUGAUUACGAGCAAAAUAAGUCAACGGAUGUACUUGCUACGGAAAAGAGCAUCUUCAAGUUAGAAGUCUUUAUCUUUUUUCAGUGGUCGCCAUAUUGCAAUGAGCCAUUGGGAUGAUAGUCAUGAUGACCGCAAGAUGAAAGAUUUGGAAGUGGAAUGAGAUUGCACAUACCUUUAACUGUUUUUAAAAUCAAGAAGUAGAAGCUCGUAAUUGUUGGGAAAUUUUGAUGAGACAACUUAUACCGCUUUACAUCUCUUCCUCAUGAUGGAUGCCAUUAUCUUGUGCUUGACUUUGAAUCAAAAGAAUUAGCAGAGAAGGCAGAUCUCUUCCGUUGCGGUGAAGGUCUCCUGACACGCAAAUGUUGAGGAACAAAGCGAUUUAAGUAAGUUUGAAGCACAGAUUCGAAGGGGAAUCGGAUGGCAUUCAGGUUGAGGUGCACGCAACCGAUCCCACUGGAAUGGAUCUUUAUGUUUUGAGUAGCCUAGCUUCGUUGGAGAUUUAGGAAAUUCAUGAAAUUCUUUUUUUUUUUUUUUUU